AUGUCUGUUCAAGAUUUAUUACAAAAAGAUGUUAAAAAAAUUGUUGGACCAAAUAUUCGUCUUGUUAUUUCUAUUCUACCAUCAGAAUAUACGGCAGAAAAAUUUAUCGGGCAAUUAAAUACGAUGAAAGAUAUAGAUGAAUUUUUAUCGACGAAUGAUAAUGCCGAUGGUGUUAUUUUUCUUUCACCUGGAACAAACAAUGGUGCAACAAAAGGUCAAUUAGGUUUUUAUGCUAAAAAAUUUGAGCAUAUGUUACCAAUAAAUGAAUAUAUACAACGUAGUGAACAUAAUAUUGAUUUACGUGAACGUGGUAUACCAAUUAAUCAAGCACGAAUUAAAUUAUUCGAACAAAACAAUGCUCAAGUAUCUGAGAAAGAUAUUCAAAAAUUGCUUAUACAAUUUGUUAAAGACUUUGAACCACAAAAUUCAUCCUAA